UCUUGUUUCCAGGUGUUGUGCAUAGCGCUGGCGGCCGGGCUGGCGGCGGGCGCGAGGCCGCGGCCGAGACUGCAGCAGCAAGUCGACGAGUACGACUACGACCAGGCGCAGGAGAGGGCUUCAGGAGACCAGGUGGUGUUAGUUCCAGCAGAUGCCUACGACGCGUUGUACAGGGCCCAGGACAGGCUCGACGACGAGUAUGAGCCGCGCGCGAUCCAGCGGCCUUCGAGGCUCAAGCAGCAGCAAAUCCAGGAGGGACCGAAACAGCCGCCCGUGCAGACCAUCAGGAACUAUAAUAAGGUGAAUGAUGAUGGCAGCUUCACGUUUGGCUACGAAGCGGCUGACGGUUCCUUCAAGGAGGAAACCAGGGGCACCGACUGCGUCGUCCGCGGCAAAUACGGUUACGUCGACCCCGACGGCAACAAAAGGGAGUUCACCUACGUGUCCGGCAACCCCUGCGACCCCAACAAGCCUGACGACGAAGAACAAGAACCCCACGCCCCUGAAUCCGCCGAAAGGGAUGACCCCGAACCUAACUACCCCACCAGGCCCGCUAUCCGCCCCACUACUGCCCGACCCACCACAACAUACUACCAAAACGACUUCAGGGACGCCGACGAGGACGAGGCCGAAGAGGAACCUCUCCAGCACAUCAGGCAAAGAGUUGUGCAGCGCCCCGCUAUCAGGAGACCGGCUUACCAAUCGCAACAGAUCGCUAUCACCCCUCGUCCUCUCCCAGUCACCACUCCACGAACUCUGCCACCGGCGACCACCUUCAGGCCCCAGCUCGUCCAAGUGACGGCCAAGCCCCAGAUUCAGUACAGCCCUGAGCCAAAUUACUCGCCUUCCCCUGUACCCAACUACUCCCCGUCCCCAGCCCCCGCUGUGACCAGCUCGAGACCUGGACAGAUCGACUUCGCCGCAGAAUUCGCGAAAUUCCACCGCGAGAAUCAACUCCAAUCGACAACCGCUCCUUCAGUGACGACUCAAUCGAAAACGACCCUCGCAGCCUCACCAGCUCCAAGUGGAAACCCACUUUACUCGACCGAACUGGUGUAUGACCCGUCGAGCGGCAGUUACAACACUCAACUGUUCCAGACACUGCCUCAGACUAAAGGAGAGUUGAACUUGAACCAGCGACUUCAGCCUUACGUUGCGCAGCCCCAGCCUUCAGCGAGACCGUUCAUCCCAUCGCAGCAAAUCCCAUCUGUGCCUUCAUCUCCCGCUGUGCCGCUGUUUAGACACCAGAUUCAGCACCAACAGAAUCCUCAAGAGGCUUACCAGAGACAGCAGGCUGAGGCUCAGUUCCAGAGCUCGCAACAGUUGUUUGCUCAGCAGCAGCAGUUGCAACAGAGCCAGUUGCAGAGGGAUCGCGCCGCGGCGAGGGCACAGGCUCAAAGGCUAGCUAUUUCUUCUCAAUCACAGGCUCCCCAGAGAGUAGCGCCGUCCGCUCAACCUCAGUUCUACUACGUAGCGCCCCGCGGGGAGUCCGCGUCCACCGGCCAGAUCGACGCCUUCCUCAGAGGACACGGCAUCCAGUUCUAGUUUGUAGGUUAGCGGAAUAAUUGAGCUAGAUAAUUCACUAUCGACCAAUCACACUCCAGUCCGAAUGGCCAUAAUAUGCAACCUGAAUCGAUUGGUCGUAUAGUACAGUCGAGUGUGUCAGUGUGUGUUUGUCUAGUUCGGGACAGUGGAUACAAUGAAUGUGGAUAUGGUAGGCUCUUAUUAAAUUAUUAUGAGGAAAAGGGAUAGAAAACAAUAAUUUUGUGAAGAUUAUGAAAAGCAACAUGUCCAAUCAAUGUUAAGCUUUGGCCACAUUACAUUCUUCGCCAUUUAACGUUAUGGUUGUUAAAAAUAUAUUUCAUAGAGAUAAUAAAUAGUUGACAGUUGUCGACGUCUUCAAAACCGAAGUGUUCUUUAGUGCUUCGUGGUUAGGUUCUUUGCUGUAUCAGGUUUUUUGAGUGGGUCUAUCAUAUCUACGCCCAUUGUGCAGUGGCGGCCGGCCACACUUGUACAUACGCUGUAUCUAAUCACUACUUAACGUAUCGCUAGAGACGUAGUCGUAAUGUAGAAUAGAAACGAAUUGUUUGCGCGUGAUAGUCCACGACGCGUGCUUCUCGCGAAGCUAUCUGUAAAAACUUACAAA